AGUGCUAUUCCGCAGAAGGGCAAUGAAGUGAACUUGACCCUGGGUGGUAUUGACCUCAACAAUUCAGGCAGUGUGGUUGUCAAGGCAGAUAAAAAGCUCUUGACAGUGCUUUUUCCUGAUGGUCGUGAUGGUCGAGCCUUCACACUCAAGGCUGAAACUUUGGAGGAUUUAUAUGAAUGGAAAACUGCUCUUGAGAAUGCUUUAUCACAGGCACCAAGUGCUUCCCAUGCGAUGGGUCAGAAUGGUAUCUUAAGGAAUGAUCAGGCUGAUGCAGCUAAUGGCUCUUCAGAGAAGUCAUCUGAUAAGGUGUCUGUGAGAGCUACAAUUAUUGGCACGCCGGUUUUACUUGCUUUGGAGGAUGUUGAUGGAGCUCCAUCUUUUUUGGAGAAAGCGCUUAGAUUUAUAGAAGAGCAUGGAAUCAAAGUAGAAGGAAUUUUAAGGCAAGCUGCAGAUGUUGAUGAUGUUGAACGCAGAAUUCGGGAGUAUGAGCAAGGAAAAACGGAAUUUUCACCAGAGGAGGAUCCACAUGUAAUUGCUGAUUGUGUGAAGUAUGUCAUCCGGGAGUUGCCAUCAUCUCCAGUCCCUGCAUCUUGCUGCAAGGCACUUCUUGAAGCUUGUAGAACUGAGCGAAGUGGUAGACUCAGUGCUAUUCGUAUGGCAAUAUGUGAAACAUUUCCUGAGCCAAAUCGUCGUCUAUUGCAAAGAAUUCUUAUGAUGAUGCAAACUGUGGCUUCACACAAAGCUGAGAAUCGAAUGAGCUCUUCAGCUGUGGCAGCUUGCAUGGCACCCUUACUUUUACGUCCUCUCCUAGCUGGUGAUUGUGAGAUUGAAAACGAUUUUGAUGUGGGUGGCGAUGGUUCUGUUCAACUUCUCCAAGCAGCGGCUGCAGCCAAUCAUGCUCAAGCCAUUGUUAUAACAUUAUUGGAGGAGUACGAUAGCAUAUUUGGGGAGGGUUCCACCUUGACUGCUGACUUGUACUCAGACACAGAAGAGAGUGGAAGUGAGAGUGAAGAGGCAACUGAUGAUGAUGACUACUAUGAAGACGAUGAAAAUGAUGAUGGAACACAGGAAUCUGAGGCAUAUACUGAGGAUGAUCAUGAAAAUGCAUCAAGUGAAACAGGCAGUGAAAGUGGUGAAUCUGGGGAUGAUGAUCUGAAUUAUCAUAAGGAUUCUGAUGUUAAAGUAAAUAAUGAUCUUAACGUCAGAAAGACAUUAUCAUCAAGUUCACGUCGAACUUCAGUGCCUCGGCAUAAUGAUGUAAAACCAAGUGAGAAUAUUCCAACUGAAAAGACUAGUUCAGAAGCGCAACUGUCAACAGAAUGUUCUGCUGAGACAAAUACGGAGCAUAAAUUAACCAGUCCUCCGAUAUCAUCCAUUCAAAAAUCAUCCACUAUAUCAAAUGGACCUGGGCACCAUGUUAGGCAGUGGGGACGUACCUCUGCAAAGAAAAAUCUUUCAAUGGAAUCCAUCGAUUACCCUAUUGAAGAAGAUGAAGUUGAAAUCCUGAGACUCGAGGCUACUAAAAGUGACUUGCAAAACAGAGUCGUAGAAGAGGUUAAAGGCAAUGCAAUUUUGCAAGCUAGUCUUGAAAGAAGAAAGAAGGCCUUGCAUGAGCGACGACUAGCUCUUGAAAAGGAUGUGGCAAGACUACAGGAUCAGUUGGAGAGGGAGAGAAAUAAGAGGAAAGCAUUGGAAGCAGGACUGAACAUGUCACAGGAUAUGUCAUCUUAUCCGCUUACAAUUGAUGAAGAGACAAAGGCAGAACUUCAGGAAAUUGCAAAGACAGAGGUGGAAAUCACCAAGUUGGAACAGAAGAUCAAUGAUCUCGGAGGGAAACUUGAUCAAUCGGAUGAAAACUUGAGUUCCAUGCAUGAUUCAUGCAGUGAACCCCAACAGACUUCAGAUCACACAAAGCUGGAGGAAAAACAAAAAGAUACUGAAGCAGCUGCUGUGCCUAGUGAUUUUGAAAGGUCAAAGAGCAAGCAGGAUGCUUACUUGGGUGCACCCAGAAGUGAUAAUGAGAAGCAGAAGGAAUCAACACCUUUACAAAGUAAACAUCUUAAAAAUCAACAGCCAAAUCCAACAUGCAAUAAUAACUCCAGAUCUGCUGCGACGCCUGCUAAUUCUUCUGCUAUGGACACAUCUGCUAGAACCAACACGAAGAAAUCUGGCACAAGGGUUGAGGUAAGUUCGUUUUGGUUGCGGAUUCCAAAGUCUGUUAACAAAUGAUUCAUCCAAUGGAGUUUGAAACAACCACCACUAUUGCCACCAAGUCUAGUGUUUGAAGUGAGUGCGGGGAGCUUUCUUGUCAUCCCAUGACUCAUGAGAACCUGGAGUGGUUCUUAUUUUUGUUGCAUAACUAGUAUCAGUUUCUUGUUUCUGAUGCUAAACACCUAUCCCAAACCCAUAGAAGGUUCUUGUUAUUUAGAUUUUUUAUUAGGUAUAGGACUCUUUUGAGGCAUGAUGCUCUGACACUGCAGCUUCAGAUGUCGGUUUUUGUUCAGGAGAUCAAAUUGCUCAUAAAUCCUUAGAUCUCUGGAAAUUUUUGUGCUAAUCGCU